UUUCGAUUGAAGUGUGGCUUUGUUUUCUCUCUUCCGCUUUUGUUUUGCUGUUGAUUGGAAGUUUCUAAUUUUCCUGAUCGGACGUGCUGAUGAACGAAAGUGUAUUGGAGUGAUCUGCACACCAUGUUGCCAAUCAGAUAUAAAAUUGUUGACAAUUCUUGAAUUUAGCUCAGUCUGAUCCUAAAAACCUUGAAUGGUAUAUCAUCUCUGGUCGUUUGGCAAACCUGGAAGGACAACAUAAGGAAUGUAUAACCAUUUGAGAUUAAAAAUGAUAUCACACCGUGCCUUGGGAUUAAUCUCGAUUUUUGGUCAAUGAAAAAUUCAGAGGGAUCCCGUGCCACAUCCUGAUCAAACACUGUGCCAUUUCUGAAAGAAAUUAGGAAGAUAGUGACUGUGUGAAGUCACUUCAACCUUCAGGAUGUUUAAUUCUCCAAGACAGCUUCAAUCAAUGGCCAAUAUGCAUAGAGACGAAAUUUUGAAAAAGAUGUCGAACUGUGAUGAGCUCCAUGCUCUGGCUGAGUCGAGUCGAGAACGGAUCAAGCAGAUACAGGAUCAGUACUUGAAGAGGGCGGACGAAAUCAACAUGAUGCUUCUGGAGAAACAUAAAGCCGAGUUGAUGCGUGUCGUCCAGGAGAAGAUGGAAGAUGAAAAGAAGUGGAGUGAAGAAAAGCAGGAUUUGAAGGAUGAGAUAGCCCGACUCCUCGUAGCGAACAAAAGGAUGGAAGUGCAAGUAGAGAACUUUGCUGAGAAUGAAGGAAAAGCACAGAUUUACUCCCUCAAGCUGGACGCCGUCACGGAAGAAAACGAAAACCUCCUCGCGGAAAACGAGAAGUAUAAAGUCGUGAGCGAAAACCUUUUGAUUGAGCUCAGGAGACUCCAACAGAUUGAAGCGGACAAUGAACGUUUUAUGCAGGACAUUAAGGAUCUUGCGCAGAAAAACAAAGAAAUGCAAUUCAAGAUUGGACGCAUGGAACGUGAAGUUGACGAAGCCGGUGAUGCUCAAGAAAGUGCCAAUAUGGUCGACAUUCUCAAACACAAACUCGCAAAAUUGCAAAAGGAAAAGCGUGCCUUGUCAAAUGUCGGUGCCCAAAAUGGACAUUCUUUGGACGGUUUGAAAGACCAGAUUGAAGAACUGGUCAAACGGAUUAGGCAGUUAGAGAUGGAGAAGGCAAGAAUGUUAGAAGAAAUUGAACUUUUGAAGCAUGAAUUGCUUGCCCAUAAGAGAUCUCCGACUAGUUCUAGUGUAGACCGUGACCAAAAGACUUUUAAAGAGUUUGUGCAAUUGAAACGUGAAUUGACUACUCUUCGGGAAGAAAAUGAGAGUUUGAAAUUGAAGCUGCGGGCAAAAGCAUCGGCGACACUGCCAAUGUUGGUGGAUAGGGUCUCACCAGCCAUUUCUGUUGGGUCGAGUAAGGACAGGAAGAAAUCCCUGCCGAGCAUAAAGCAGUCAUAAGUCCUCGAGUUUUAGAUUUGAUCUCACUAAAUCUACUUGGCUCAAGCUGAAAUAUCUGAGGUUCCAGGCCAUAUGAGGCAUCCACGUCAAGGAAUACAUGAACGCUGACAUUACUUGUCUCUCAGAUUCUCGACUUAGCUCGCAAAAUUUAAAAGUAUUUUUCUACAGAUGUUAUGUCAACUUCAGUCAUUCCAUCCACAAUAUUAUGCGAUAUCCGGUAGAUCCGUCCAUUUGUAGAUUUUAUACUAUAAAAUAUGGCGGAGGAGAUAUUUAUUGUUUAAAUGAUAGAUUUAUUUUACAAACAGUUAUGUUAUAGCUAGCUGAUGUAUCAAUGAAGCAAUGCUUGCCAAAAUACUUGUGAGGUAGGUUGGGACAAUUAUAGCCCCAGUGCUAGCAUCUGCUUGGGCCAUAAUUGUAGCAAUUUACCUUAGUCUAAGAUGUAAAGUGCUAGUCUUACUAGCUGCCACUUAACAUUUCUUCCUUGUAUUAUUUUAUUUGAAACCUGACAUGUUCCAUCAUAUAAAUAUGACAUUCCAAUCAAGAGUCCUUCAUUUCUGUAACAAAUUUUCAACAAUAAAACGAU